UUUUCUAUACAGUUCAAUAGGGAGUACUUUUGUAAUCCUUAUUCAUAGCUGUGGUUUCAUUUUUUAGCUCCAAGUUUUUUAUAGUGUGUGUAUUUUUUGUAACAGUAUGGUUUAUGUCAGCCAUCUGCAGUUUAGACUUGUUCUAAAAUAGUAAUGUUUUUACUUCUGUAUAGUAUUUAGAAAUCUUUGGAUUUUCUUUGAAGAAUUCUCUGCUUCUCAUAUAUUGUGUGUGUGAUUAAAAUCACUGAAUACUCAAAGAUUUAUAUAAUGAUUCUUCCUUGCUGAGGGCAUAUUCACUUCAUUAUUUUAAAUAAUGAAAAGUUCAUCAUUUUAAAUACUGAGGAUAUGGCAGAUCUUGCUCCCUCUUAAGUUAAAUUAUCAUUUCUUCUGGAAUGAGAGCAGGCUUUUACAGAGGUACAGCAGCCUGUAGCAGAGAGACUUUGAGGAAUGAAAGGGAGUAAGGGACUGCAAAGAUAUCGCUGCUGUGUGCAAAUCAUUACUAAUCUUAAUGUCUCUUGUUCCAUCGUUUUAGAGCUGAUAGAUAUCACGUGUACCCUGCUACUGCUGAACCCCGACUUCACCACUGCUUGGAAUGUGAGGAAAGAAUUAAUACUGUCUGGCACUUUAAAUCCACUAAAAGAUUUGCAUCUUGGAAAACUGGCGUUAACCAAGUUUCCAAAGAGUCCAGAAACAUGGAUUCAUAGACGAUGGGUGCUGCAACAGCUAAUUCAGGAAAAUUCCUUGUCCAGUCUUGCAACUAAAGGAAAUUUGGGAGCAGCACCCGUGGAGAGAAUUCACCGACUAGUGCAGGAGGAAAUGAAUGUCUGCUCCGAAGCUGCUGGGAGAUAUCCAAGCAACUACAAUGCCUGGUCCCAUCGCAUCUGGGUUUUACAGCAUUUGGCAAAGCUCACUGUCAAGGUUCUCCUCGAUGAACUUUCAUCCACUAAAUGUUGGGUAUCCAUGCAUGUCUCAGACCAUAGUGGAUUUCAUUACCGCCAGUUCUUACUCAAUUCCUUGAUACACAGAACGGUGACUGACAACAACACACUGGUACAAAACCAAAUGGUAAAUGAACAAAACCCUAGCCUUCAGAAGGAGGAAGAGAGUGCAGAGACAGAAGCUACCUGUGCAGAGGAACAAAGCGUGGAUCUCCCCCGUCGUUUAGAUGAAGAGAUGGAACUCUGCAGUGAACUGAUUGAUAAUUACCCAGGGCAUGAAACCUUGUGGUGUCAUAGGUGUGUAUUCUACCUUCAACAGCACUUAAGUAACAAACUUCCUCUCGUGGGUGCAGUGGUAUCAUCUGUGGACAGCAGUGAUGAAAGUCUGAAUAAUUCCCACCGUAGUCCUGCAGCAAGUCAUAUGGCACAAGCUAUGGAUGUUGAUGGUUUGAAUGAAUCCAGCAGCAAACAAGGUUAUACUCAAGAAACAAAACGCCUGAAGCGUGCUCCUGUGCAGGACUCUCUUGGUCCAGAAAUGGAAUACCGGUUUGUAGAUAAAGUAUUAUCAACUUGUAGGGAUGUGGACCAAGCCAGGUUUGCUACUGCUUAUAGAAAAUGGUUAGUUACUUUUUUAGGUCAGUGAAGGAGGUGUUUAAAGCUUUCAGGGUUCUUCUCUUAGUGCAAUAUUCUCUUUUCAGACACAAUGCAUGUCUUGGUUGCAAGUGUUAGCUAAUUCUGUGUUUAUCUCUCUUUUGAUGGUCAGUCCUAAAGAUAAUUUUCAGAGUAGAAGUUUGUCACUUUAUUAAAGAACUGGCAUACAUUUUUAUUAAGCAAAUGCAGUUUGUUACUUAAUCUCUCUAAGAAAUCACUCUUAUCAGCUUCCUACAGUGAUAUUUCUUUUUUUCUUUACUUCUGCAUUAAGGUGGACUUAAAAAAAAGAAAUGGAGGUAAAAGAAGAAAAGUUUGAAAUGCUUGUGAAACAGUGUGUCUGAAAAAAGAAUGGGAGAAUCUGUCAGUAUCAGCUAAACCCGUUCCCAGUUUACUCCUGUAUAGCAUCAUGCUAAUACCUUAUUGGAUCCCGACUGUAUUCGAUGAGUGCUAUUAUUUUUGUAUAGUAGUCUUUGGUAGAACACCAGAAUACAGUAUUUCUUUCUGAGGGCUCCGAUAACAGUUUUGGAGCUGUCACGCCUUUUACUGUUUUAACUGGGU